UGAAAUAGUUCAGUUUUAAUCAGUAUCCGAGUGGAUGAAGAAAUUCUCAUUUAACUAAAUGAGAACAAUCCGAAGUCAAAAAGAUAUAAAGUAUAUAGUAUAUAGGUGAUUUGUAUAAUUAUUGGGGGAUUAGACCAUUUAAAAUGAAAUAUCAAACGAUACUCCUCCUUCUAUAUGGUUUGCUACUAACAACACUUGCUGAAGAGGAAAAACCAAAUACAACGCAAAUAAAUGUGCAAGCUUCAAGUGAAAAAGUGAAUGUGAGUCGAAAUCCUCGGUUCUUUAUCCGUCCUUUAAGGCGCCUGUGUGUUUGUCCUCCUGGCCCACCGGGACCACCAGGGAAACCGGGAAAUCGAGGACCACCAGGAGUUGAUGGAUCACCUGGAGUGAAGGGACGACGAGGAUCUGAAGGUGAACCCGGUAAUAGAGGAACGCCCGGUUCACCAGGAAGGAAUGGCAAACCAGGAGAUCCGGGAGGCAAGGGACUUCCUGGAUUCGACGGUGAACCUGGACCUGUAGGUCCACCAGGCCGACCUGGACAAGAUGGUAUCGCUGGUCCCAGAGGACCAGUUGGCAAAACAGGUCCAACUGGGCUUACGGGGCCAAUGGGGCCAGUGGGUUUACCAGGCGAAAAAGGAUUAGCUGGAAGGCCUGGUCAUAGAGGUAGACCAGGCCGUGAAGGUCUUCGUGGUUUGUCAGUGAUCUACGUUGAUCGUUGGAGUGGGUAUCCGUAUCAGCCGGCAUCACAAGGGAACAUUUGGAAUCCCUCUUCAAUCCCUCAUUCUGGUCACCAUCACAGACCUAGUCACAGUCACAGACCUAGCAGCAAUAAAAAACCGAAACCUCAUCAGAAGCCGGGACAUCAUCAUCAUAAACCGGGUUCUCAUAAACCCGGUCAUGGAAAACCUGGGCACGGAAAACCUGGACAUGGACAACCUGCUCAUGGUCAAACUGGGCUUGGACAACUUGUUCCUGGGCAAACUGGACCUGGGCAAACUGGACCUGGACAAACUGGCCCUGGACAAACUGGCCCUGGGCAAACUGGACCUGGACAAUCUGGACCUGGGCAAACUGGACCUGGACAAACUGCCACUGGACAAACUGGACCUGGACAAACUGGACCCGGCCAAACUGGACUUGGUCAAACUGGACCUGGUCAAACUGGACCAGGACAAACUGGAGCUGGACAAACUGGACCUGGACAAACUGGACCUGGACAAACUGGACCUGGACAAACUGGACCUGGACACCCUGCCCAUGGGCAACCUGGGCAUGGGCAGCCCGGACAUCACCAACCAGGACACAAUCAGCCAGGACACCACCAAACUGGAAAUCAUGGACCCGGACAUCACCAUCCAGGUCAUCAUCACCCGCAACAUCAUAGACCAUCGCAUCAUAGACCUUCGCAUCAUAGACCUUCCCAUCAUAAACCUUCACAUCAUAUACCAUCGCACAAUAUACCUUCACAAGCAGGACUCAUAUCAACCCCAUCGGGACCAUCUACACCACCAGGACCUGGGGGUCCAUCUACUGCAACUGGGCCAUUAGCACCGUCCACUCCUCCUGGAACAGCUCCACAGGUUGGACCUUCUGGACCCACGACUCCGACAGGUCCCUCAAUUCCAUCAGCACCUUUAGCUCCAUCUGGUCCUUCAACUCCAUCAGCCGCUUCAGCUCCGUCCAUGCCUUCAGCACCAUUUGUACCAACGAGCCCAUCGGCACCUUCUGGACCUCCGCCAUCAGCUGGGCUAACAAGUCCUUCCGGCCCAUUAGGUCCUUCAACGCCUUCGGCAGUCCCAUCAGCACCUUUAGCUCCAUCCGUUUCUUCAGCACCAGCUGCACCUAGUACCGGCAAUGCACCAGCUACAGGAAAUGCGCCCGCCACAGGAAAUGCGCCAACAACAGCAAAUGCUCCAAAUGCAGGAACGGUACCAACAGCAGGUGCCGCGCCAAUUACUGGAAAUGCACCUUCUACUCCAGCCGCGGCGGCAGGAGGCGCGGCACCAGCUACAGGAAAUGCACCUUCCGUUUCAACUGCACCGACUGCAGGAACCGCACCGGCUACAGGAAAUGCUCCUUUGGCUCCAGCCACUGCAACGGCAGGAGCGGCUCCGGCUACAGGAAACGCACCAUCUACUCCAACUGCAGGAGCGGCACCGGCUACAGGAAACGCACCAUCUGCUCCAACUACAGGAGCGGCACCGGCUGCAGGAAAUGCGCCGACUGCAACGGCGGGAGCGGCACCGGCUACAGGAAAUGCGCCAUCUGUGCCAACCGCGCCAAAUGCAGGUGCGGCUCCGGCUACAGGAAAUGUACCAUCUGUUCCAACCGGCCCAACUUCACCUAGUGCGCCUGCUAUGUCAGGACCGUCAGUUCCUCUUGUCCCCGGAAAUGUACCCACUGGACCCUCUGGACCGAAUCUCAUAACAGAGCCUGGUGCCGCAGCACCAUCUGCUCCUGCAGCAACUCCCUCUGAACCUUUUCUAACGGCUCCAUCGACAGCGGCUGCUCCUUCAACAGCAUCUGCGCCUCCCAUCCCUGCCCAUCCAUCUGCACCAGGGGCAGCUACAGCAGCAGUUGCACCGGUAACUGGACUAGCCCCAUCAAAUCCUGCGUCCCCUGCUCCAGCAGUCGCUCCUCCUAACCCAGCUUUAACAACCGGUCCAUCUGGCCCGACAACUUUAACGAGUCCUUCAGGACCAGCGGUUGGAGCAGCACCGUCUGCACCAAAUGGACCUCCAGCACCAGCAGUAGGUAGUCCUUCUCCAAACAAUCCGUUGGAAAUUAGUGGAGCGCAAGCACCAAGCGCUAUUGAAUUGACAUCACCAUCUGUUCCAGCUGCCCCGAUGGCACCUAGUGUUGCAGGAAUACCUGGAACCUCGCCUUCUGGGCAAACAGGCAUAAGUAUACCUGAUAUUCAAGGAGCUGUAUUACCAGGUAUUAUUUUCAAACCCAGCCGGCCAACUCCACCUGCUCCCAAUCAACCAAGCCAACCCCAAACAGGAGUUACGACCCCGAGUGGAAAUGGACCUACCACUGGUGGGUCAUUGCCAAGUACAGGUCAAUUGCCAAGUGUAGCGCAAGCGCCAAAUUAUCCACAUUAUCCUCCUGGCGGAUCGCACCACCCUGGAGGACAAGGGCAGGGAACACAAAUACCCCAUUUUCCGUCGAAUGGACAACCUCCAGCUUUUCCCUCAAUUCCAGGGCAAGGAUCAAAUAUUCCUAAUUAUCCCGGAUAUCCUAUAGGCGGGCAGCUAGCACCGCAAUAUCCGUCUGGGCCAACCUACCCAUAUCGACCUGGCGGAGGACAAGGACCUACUAACGCAAUUCAAACGCCAUCAAGACCUCCCCAUAGACCAAGUCAAUUGAUACCACAACACCCAAAUGUGAAUCCAGGAUUGCUCACUUCACCUUCUCUUCCGGUCGACGUAACUGGUCCAGCUGUUCCUGAUGUAACCGAUGUGGGACACCCGAAUGCACCAAAUGCAGGAUCACCUAUAUCACAUCCUCCCCAUAGACCAGGAGUUCCGCCAAAUAUACCGCUGGAAAUAAGUGGUGGUUUACUACCUUCUGAAAUAAGUCUCCCCUCUCCGCCGCAAAAUCAACCUGGUGUUCCUACAAUUUUAAACAAACCUGGAAAUCAACCUGGUGUAGGGGCAAACCCACUGUCACCGGCUGGCGGUGGUAACCCUAUCAACGGAAUAUCUUUUAAACCGCCUAAUUCAGGGAAUCAACCAACAGAAAAGCCAAUAAACCCGGUUCAGGGUGGUGCCAACAAUCCUCCUCAAACAACACCAAGUGAACCUGCUGGGCUUUCUACUCCCAGCGGACCUGAAGAGUUUUUGAAACCAACGGAUGUAAGUCAGCCAGAAUUUGGACCUCUUGAAAACCAACUUCCUCCAGAGAGACCAACUAUGUUACGACCUGAACCAACUGGACAAACUUCCCCUUCAGAACCUAGCUCUCCUUCUUCUCCUAGUGAAAUUUCUGGAGUGUCAUCGCCUUCUGAAAUAUCUAGCCCGAGCGAGCCAUCUACACCAACUGCAGAUGGAGAUCCGGGAAACGUACCUACUCAGGAAGCAAUGAAGCCAUACCCUACAGAUGCAACGAUACCAGCUACUUAUAGACCAACGAAACCUAAUCGACCAAAUCGACCUCAGCGUCCUCCCUCUGGCGGAAAACCUCCAAAUUCAGAAUCAGUGGAAUCUGUGGAGUUGAACAUAACAUCAAGUUUAUCUCCGGGAAUCGUUACAAAACCUGAUAAUAACCCUGCUGCCAUGGCGCCUGGUGAACAAAUUACAGGCCCACCACCAACUGCAGCAAAACCUUCUCCAACUCCGGAAGCAAAUACUCAGGAACCCAAUCCAGAUUUAACAAGUGAACUCGAAAUUUUUUCACCAGAUCCAAGUCCACCAGGACCACCUUCAUUCGGACCAAGUAUUGAACCUACUGAACCAACGGAGACAACAGUUAAUUUAAGUGUUACUGAUCAAGUAAGUCCUAGUGUAUUGGACCCUGUUGAUCCUACUGAGCCUGGGCCUACUGAACCUGGGGUAUUGGAACCCACUACUCCAGAUGUAAUGAAACCGGACAAUCCAGAAUCAACAAAUUCACAAAAUAAACCUGAACAAACAGCUCCUGACAACCCCCAGUCGGGACCUCAAUCGCCAGGUGAACCCACUAACCCAGACAGCAAUAAAGAAGAAACUGCGGUCAAUCCCACUCCAGGCAGUUUUAUCACUCCGAGUGGUGAGUUGACCCCAAGUUUAGUAUUCGAACCAACUAAUCCCUCGGAUCCCAGCAAUCCCGAUAUUCCCACUCCUUUGGAACUGGAACACGGGAUACAACCGAUUUACCCCGAGGAAUGGGCAGCACUGAUUCAUGACACGGGGGGAAAGCCACCGCGGAGAAUUCCUUUCCAUAAUCCAAAUCACUUCAAUCAAGCCAAUAAUAACCAAAAUGUAAAUGACGAGGAUACUGACCAAUCCUCUGAAUACGAGGACACUGAGCAAUCCUCCGAAUAUGUAGAAAACGACUACGUUGAUGAUGCAGAUCCUGAUGACGAUCAAGAAACGGAUGAGAAUGAUGACGAAAAAGAUGACGAUGACGGAGGAUAUGAGAGCAAUUCCAUAGCUGAAGGCACGAACGACAAAGGUAGAAGGAGAGGUAGUAUAGCCAGGAGUUAUGAAGAAGACGAUUAUGAGGAAUCGUAUCGAGACGGUUCCAUCGAGAAGAAUGUGCAGGUCUGGGAUGAAAGUAGGGACAACGAUGGCAGGAGCUAUGAAGAUGAUUACGUGGAUGAUAACGAGGACCAGUACAGCAAGUUUUACGAGGAGGAGUACUACCGUUUCAGGAGGAAAAAGAGCUUGAAAAACACAACGGAGACGGCGAGGUGAAUUCGUUGCGUUUUUGUUAGUUAAGUUAUCCUAGACUAGGUAGACAUAAGAUUGCAAAAUAAAGGACUGUUGAGUACCUUUUGUGGUUUAUUAUUAA